UCGGUUGGUGACUCCCGCAGUACCUUCUAACAUGGACCGGAAGUGGUUUCUCCUCACAACAGUCUGAGUUGCCGAGGAGAGAUCAUCAUAUAGGAGACGUCAGGUUACACAGUAGUAAGGAAUACAUCCGGUGAGUGGAAGACACCCAGCAGCCAUCCCUGUGUGUCAGGAGGACUGAGCAGGACCCAGAGCCCCAUCACGGUUCCUCCACCUCACUCACUGAUACAUGAGAGGCACAAUGACCAGAAGAUCCUGGAACUCACCAACAAGAUGGACAGAUGGACCUAGUAACAGAGAUACCCCAGAGAGAUGUCCCCGUCCUCUGUAUUCCCAGAAUUGUACAGAGGAGAAUCACAGGACCCCACAGGAGGAUCAGCGUGAAGAUCUGACUCGUAUGAAGGUAGAAGAUAUAGAGGGAGAAGAAGAGACAUAUGUGACUGUAAUUAAGUUAGAAGAUAUAGAGGAAGAAGAGGAGACGUAUGUGACUGAUAUGAAGGCAGAAGAUAUAGUGGGAGAAGAGACGUAUGUGACUGAUAUGAAGGCAGAAGAUACAGAGGGAGAAGAAGAGACGUAUGUGACUGUUAUUAAGGUAGAAGAUACAGAAGGAGAUGAAGCGACAUAUGUGAAGGGUGAUCAGCAGUGUAAGGAGGAGGAAAUCCCUACAGAUAUCUGCACAGCAGAUGGAAACCACCACUGGGAUAUAUCAGAGGAACAUCUCCGUUUAUCUCCAGAUGGUAUAAUAGAAGAUAACAUCACACAAGAUUCUCCAGGAGAAAACCCUCUUACCUCAAUAAUACAUUCAGUACCUCACAGUGCAGAUAUACCAUCAGCUACUUCUAAACAUGGGGAAUGUUCUCCUGAUAACACAGACAUUGAUCCAUCUAUCAAGGUUCUUAGAGUAGAGAAGAUGUUUUCCAGUUCUAUAGAUAGGAGAUGUUUUACACAGAGCACAAAGCGUAUUACCCAUCAGCCCGCUAAAACAAGUGAGAGCCCAUUUCCAUGUUCUAAGUGUGGAAAAUGUUUUACACAGUACACCACACUUGUUGCACAUGAGAAAACUCACAGAUGUCAGAGCCCAUUUAUAUGCUCUGAGUGUGGAAAAUGUUUUGUACACAAAUCAGUUUUUGUUACACAUCAAAGACGUCACACAGGUGAGAGACCAUUUCCAUGUACUGAGUGUGGGAAAUGUUUUACACAUAAAUCAGACCUUUUUAGACAUGAGAGAAGUCACACAGGUGAGAAACCGUUUCCAUGUUCUGAGUGUGGGAAAUGUUUUACACGGAAAUCAGUUCUUCUUAUACAUCAGAGGCUUCACACAGGUGAGAUGCCAUUUCCAUGUACCGAGUGUGGGAAAUGUUUUACACAGAAAUCAGUUCUUGUUAUACAUCAGAGACGUCACACAGGUGAGAAGCCAUUUCCAUGCUCUGAGUGUGGGAAAUGUUUUCCUGUGAAAUCAGAUCUUGUUAUACAUCAGAGAUGUCACACAAGUGAAAAACCAUUUCCAUGCUCUGAGUGUGGGAAAUGUUUUGCUCGCAAAUCUAUUCUUGUAACACAUCAGAGACGUCACACAGCUGAGAAUCCAUUUCCAUGCUGAGUGUGGAAAAUGUUUCACAGAGAUAUCAAAUCUUGUUGCACGUAAGUGAAGUCACAUAGGUGAGAAGCCAUUUCCAUGCUGAGUGUGGGAAAUGUUUUGCAUGCCAGUCUGUUGUUGGUGCACAUCAGAGAAGUCACACAGGUGAGAAACCAUUUCCAUGUUCUGAGUGUGGGAAAUGUUUUACACGGAAAUCAAAUCUUGUUACACAUCAGAAAAUGCGCAGAAGAGGAAAGCAACUUUAGUGAACUGAUAGAUAUGAAGCCACAAUACUUUAUUGUGAAAGCUAUUAAAAAAUUAUCUAAAACUAGGUCUAAAUUUGUUUACAGAGUGUGUAGUAAACGGUACAUUGUCAUCACUGAGUUCUGGGCAACGGGUCAAAGCUCCAGGCAGUCUAUAUAACAAGAUAUACACACCAUCUACACCAGUGGCUGGUCCUUCACAACAUCCUCAUCAGACUUAUGUGUGGAACUUAUUGCAGGUUCCUUAUAUAUCUGUAUCACUGUUCUCCGCAACAAUAAAAUAACAUUGGUAUAGA